GAGCAAUUUUUGCUGAGCCUUUGACAUCUUCAAUAGUGCUUUUCCUACAGCAGUAUUUCUGUGCCCAGGGCUGGGUUGAUGGAGAUAACAGGCUGAAUUAGACAGGAAUCAAUUUGUGGCAAAGUCUGUUGGUCCCAUAUUGGUCUCAUUAGCCACCUUAGAACCCACGGAAACAGUGAAAGUAGUUCUUACUCAACACCAUGGGACUGCUUAAGGAAGGAGGUUGGGUUGAUGAUGUCAAGGCGAAAGAAACGCCAUUACUAAAGGGUAUGAAAUGUUCUUAAAAAAUUUUUAAGAACAAAAAUUUAGUUUAUUUACAGUACAGUAAGUGCAAUCAGACAUGUCUUUCUUUCAUUGUAUCCUUUAUCAGCACCACGUAUGUUUCCUCAAACAUAUGCCUGCAGAUGUGUUUGAGAUGCUGUUACACAGGACAAGACCCUUCAAUGUCCAGUGGCAGCAGCACCCUACACUUCGCUCCUUCCUCACAGAUCCUUUGCAGUGACUGCACUGAGCUGCAAGGCCUCCCUCAGCACGUGAUCCUGCACCUUGGAACACGCCAGUCCACAGCAUUUGCUUGCAGACAUCUUCUCACACUGGAAGACCAACAAGUUCUAGGCGGACCAAAGUGCCUCGUUCAUUGGGUUGAUGAUCUUCCAGCAUCGGUUGAUGUUAUUCCAAUACACGUCCCUGGGAACAGCCCAGAGCCAGCAAAGUGAAAUGCUGAAUCUUUUUGGAAUUCGAAAGAACACCGAGCCGUCUAAGAAAAUCAUAAUACCUGAGAAAGAGGUAGAUGGAUUUAUAAUGUUAGGAGAAACAGCAAAUGAAAGGCAAGUGUUGCAGGCUCGUGAGCCAGGAAACCAAGCAACGAACAUAUGCUCCCAAACAACUCAGGGUCAAACAGCAAAUUUAUAUCCAGUAUGUACAGAUGAACCAUCUACUGCUGAACAGAUGAACCAAACAUUGAAAGGUUUUGGUAUAAGUGCGGAGCUCCUCAGUGAUGUGCCUUUCACCCUAGCCCCUCAUAUUCUAGCAAUCCAUGGUGGUUUUCAGGACCUCCCAGCCAGCUUGCUGAAGAACAUGAAUGAAAACUUGGCAAGUUUUGGAUAUGAUUUUACGCUUGAAAAUUCUGUACUUCAUAAUUCCUAACAGAUGAAUGUAGCUAUUUUGAAUGAAGUAUGUGCCAUUCUUCUAAAUAUUUAAAUAAAACAUAAUUGUUGAUGUAUUCCUUAUUUCUCUGUAUUAAUGACAUUCAAUAUGUAACUGGUAUUGUACCUUCUCGUGAUCCAUCUGGAAAAUUGCAAAUACUUGCAUGAAAACCAUAAAACUUUCUUGACUUAAUGAUUGGCAUUUCUUGUGGAACUAAUAUGGCUAAUCACAGAGGACUGGGCAAUUAUCCUGCACACAUUCUUUAAGGUUGGAAGCCUUGGGUGGGGGUGGAUGGAGGUGUUGGGGAAGGGGAAAUGGAAGUGAUUCUGCUAGUUCUGCUGGUGUCAUGCAUGCUCUGUCAGGAUCAUGACUCUCUGUGCUAACUAUACCUUUGUAUACCAGGCCAUUCCACCAGAAAUUCUCCUCUCUACCAGCAGGGCACCUCAGAGACUUGAAUCUUGCCUCUUACAAAGGAGCCUAUCGCUAAAAUUUUACAAACAAUAUAAAUGAUCGUCUUUGGAAGACUGCUUCCCUGACUUCCAUCUCUUAAGUGCUUUGAUGUAUAGAAAUAAAACUGUGAUUGUGUUGUGAGAUGGGAAAGGAACUGAAAUUAAUAACUGUAUUGGUCACUGUCAUGUACUAGAUUAUAUACACACACUUAGAAGAAAAUGUAUGUGUGUUUUUUGGCAACUUUUCAUUUGAUUAUUGAGUCCUUUUAUUGGUUUGUCAAUCUGGAUGGUUACAUAAUAGUCCAGAAUAACUCAAUCCAGUUAAGUAGAAAAAAAUAGAUCCUCCAUUUUGUGUAUAUCAAAACACACAUUUACGACAGUAGUGAUUGAUGUUAAUAUUAAGUUUUGAAAGAAUAAAAAUGCUUAUACAGCAGUUGAAUGUACAUUAUAACCAUAAUGCACAGGAUUUGAAUGUGGUUUCAUUUGAAACUUUGGUGUCCCAAUAAAGUAUGUCUCC